AUGUCACGUUCACUUAAAAAAAAUCCUUUUGUAGCUAAUAAUUUAUUAUUAAAAAUUCAUAAGCUUAACACGAGGGAGGAAAAAGAAAUUAUAGUAACUUGGUCCCGGGCAUCUACCAUUAUACCCACUAUGAUUGGUCAUACAAUUGCUAUUCAUAAUGGAAAAGAGCAUUUACCUGUUUAUGUAACAGAUCGUAUGGUAGGUCACAAAUUGGGAGAAUUUGCACCUACUCUUACUUUCCAGGGACAUGCGAGAAACGAUAGUAAAUUUCGUCGUUAA